AUGAGGCUACUAUCUGGCCCAACCUGGAUGACCGUAUCUCGUUAUGUGGAUUUUGCGUUCACAUCCCUCGCUAUCCCGAUCAACCUUCUCCUCCUCUAUUGUAUCGUUACAAAAUCCGUCAAAGGCAUUGGGAGAUACAAAUGGCUCAUGGCCUACUUUAGCUGUCAAAGUAUAUUCUUCUCCAUCCUGGCUUCUGUCACUCACAUGAGUUUUCACACCAUUGGAGGAUCGUUUAUGAUGUUUACUCUCAGCAAUCCUCUUCAUCUCCCACCAUGGGGAAUUUGGGUCCUUCUUGGAGGUUGUUGUGUUUCUGUUGGAUAUGUACUUCUGACACUCGCUGCUCAGUUUCUGUGCAGAUAUUACGUCAUGACAGGGCAAAUGGACAUGAAGAGGAAGACGUACUUCUUCGGAUGGCGCAUGGUAUAUUUCUUUUUAGCAAUGCUUAUUGUGGCUGUUGUGUACGGAGGAUGCGGGUUCGUUGGCAUCCAUUUAACACCGGAAAAAGAUUUCGAUAUCAGAGAACGUAUGGCCAAAGAAUACAAUGUGUCAGCUGACAAGAUUCACUAUGUGGCAGUUGAAUACUUCACAAGAGAUGCGAACGGAACCCGAAAAUGGAACUAUUUAUCGACGGGAACAGCUCUAGCCCUCAAUUUUGUUUUUACUUGCAUGGUGAUUGUUAUUAUUUAUUGUGGAUGUACGACAUAUUUCCGGACAAAACAAGGAAUAGACAAGUUAAACGAUAAAUUAAAGCUCCAGCGGAUGCUAUUUCGAGCACUUCUAGUACAGACGGCAACCCCAACCAUUCUCAUUUUCCUACCAUGCAUCAUAUUUUAUGCUCUUCCGUUUUUCGAAAUUCCUCUCGGUGUCGAUGCCAACAUUCUGAGUAUCACACUGGUCAUCUAUCCUGCCGUUGACCCAAUCGGAGUUUUGUUCAUCAUGAAAGAUUACCGGAAGUUUAUUGCAGAUCAGUUUUCUGCAUACAUCUGUAGUCCAAUCAUGCGUUGCCUGUGUCUCCCUAGAAACAUCCUUGGUUGCGAAAGUGUUGAAACAGGAAGUUUAAACGACAACAUAGCGCUGACAACUAGAAUCUGA